AUGCCGCGACGGAUACUGAUCACGGGAGCCACAGGAAACCAAGGAGGGUCCGUGGCAAGGCUGUUGCUGCAAAGUCCUUCAGAUUUCACAGUCCGCGCGCUGACGCGGAAUCCAAACUCGGAAGCCGCGAAAGCUCUCAAGGAAGCGGGAGCUGAGGUUGUGAAGGGCGACCUGACCGAUCGAAACUCCUUAGGAGCGGCGUUCAAUGGCUGCUGGGGCGCCUUCGUAGCCACAAAUUUCUACGAUAGUACCAUCACAAACGAUCCCGCAAGUGAGGAGACUCAGGGCCGCCACGCAGCCCAUGCGGCACUCCAAGCCGGUGUCGAAUGCUUCGUUUGGAGCACAUUACCAUCAUCCCUUGAGAUCUCCAAAGGCAAAGUAUUAUGUGAGAUUUAUGAAGGUAAACAUCGCGUCGACAGCUAUAUCCAGGAGAUUGGUCUGCCCGCAGCUUUCGUCUUUACCGGUAAUUUUUAUGAGAACCAGGUCUUUCGUAGCCACGUGGUUGAAUACGAUGAUCACAUUGAAUUCAAGCAGCCCAUCAUCAAAGGCGACGUGAAACUCCACAUGCUCUGGGUCGAGCGCGAUCUGGCUGCUAUUGUGAAAGCAAUCUUGACCCGAUGGGAGACCACACGGGAGGAACUGCUUUAUCAACAUCUCUACGCGAUGGAUGCGGUGCGAACUCCACAUGAGAUAUGCGCCAUAAUCGAGCAAGGUAGCAAUUUCCCACCAACCUCGGAGCAAACAAAGCAUGAAGACUGCUGA